AGUGUGACAUUCUGCGAGGUCGUUCGAAAGCAGGUGAGUUAAGCGAAUUGUUUUAUUCCGUUCUGUAGACUAAUAGUUUCCGCUCACGUUAUUCAUUUCACCGGAUGGCUACAAUGGAUGCGGAGACCGAGUAUGCUACUUUUACGACAUUCACACUGUUCUAGGUUCCAGCAGGAUCUUAGCCUACUUCAGAAGACGGAUCCUCAGUUUGUACGGGAUCUAACAUCCCACUGGAUGUUCAUCAAGCGGUCGUGGGCGAACUACGCUCAAACGGGAUUGGUGCAUUUUGGGAACACCACGAACAACCGUGUCGAGAAUGCCAAUCUUAGAUUGAAGAAAAUAACCCAUGCUUCCGACCGCCUUGCUGUGGCUGUGAGUAAAGUGUGGAAGCUGUCUGAGGUUCUACUGAAAGAAUUUCAGAUGCGGUGUACAUACUUCUGUGACAGACACCAGGUGUUUGAAGAUGAAGGUAACGCCUACGUGCAGAUGCUGAUAGGCCGUCUAACAACGUACGCUGGCACCCUGGUUAUGCGUCAUCUGGCAACACCGAAGUUCGGUGCGGUGUACUCAGACAUUGGAACGGGACUGGUAUGCCAUCUUGUAUGUUUCUACUUCCACAGUUUGUUGUUCAAGAUCAACACCAUCGAUAUGACAUCGACUGCGCAAAUGGCACAUGCACUUGCACAUUUUACGGGCACAUGUGGCUCCCGUGCGUCCAUUUACUUAUGUUAUAUAAGGAGAAUCAACAUCCCGCGGGUAAAACCGCGAAAUUUUUCAUUCCCUUUUUACAAAACAUACCCAUCCGUAGUCGAUGAUUAACGAAGUACAACAUGCCAGAGGAUUCCAUGUUGCUUCAGACUCUGAAGGUAGCCACCUUAAGGCAGC